AUGGUUGACAUCAGUUAUACCUGUUCACUUCUUGGUUUUGCCAACAUUAUUGAAUUGAUAUUGCUUGCUGGUGGUUUUAUAGCUGUAUGUAUAGCGUCAACUGGCUAUGCUCAACUAGUCGAUUCGUAUUCGAAUAUAAUUAAAUACAAUAUAACUGCAUCUCCAACGGGAGAUUGGAAAGUAUUUUAUGAUAUUGAUGCAUUUGCAAUAAAACAAGCUGAUCAGGCUAUUCUGAUGAUUAUAUUUAUAUUAACAGCAAUAACAUUUAUUUUUCAUGUUUUGUUUAAUAUUCGUUAUCGAUAUUCGUGGCAUCGAUUUUCUACUGCAAUAGCAUUUCUUUGUAUUAUUUAUGCUUUUGCUCUAUGUGGUGUGUCGAUUGUCGUUGCUUGUUGGGAGGACAAAUUGAGAAAGCAGUUGACAAACAUCUAUUUGAAUAACCAAUUCAUCAAUACACCUAAUGGCUUUGUCAAACCACAAAUCGGUUCAGCAGCAGCAGCUUCUGCGUUUGGAUUUGCAGCAUGUGUGAUGUACCUUGUCGAAGCUUUGAUUCGAUUUCGACGUCUAGCCGAUAAACUUCAAACAUAA